GGUAUCGUUGUAUUCGAUGAACGAGAAGUGUUUGGUGCGAGAAUAAUUUCGCUAUGCCAUAGCCCUAGUGGGCAGUGGGUUGUCGUUGGUGAUACUCAUUGUUACCUACGGCUGUUUCGAGUGUCACGUGGACCGGAUGGAGGUGUCUCGAAGUUCACAGAUAUAUGUGCACACAAUGAUCGUGUGGAUAGUCUGGAAUGGGCUCAUUCGGGAUGCAGGUUCGCUUCCGGAAGUCGUGACGGUGUGGCAAAAGUGUGGAGUUUUUCAUGUGGGAAGUGGCGGUCUACUUCUCUAAUUGUACCUGGAUUUAGAUUCGAACCUACGGAUCUGCAUCCAGUAGCGCUUGCGUCCAGUGAGCGACCUAAAAGUAAAUACAGAGUCACAAUGCUUUGCUGGUCACUCGAUGAUGGAAUGAUAGUCACGGCUGGCUCCGAUUAUAUUUUACGAGUCUGGAGUAGUUCUGGCGGAAUGCUGCGGUGUCUUAGUGGUCAUACGGAUGAUACUUUUGUGUUAAAAGCACAUCCUGCCUUUCCGAACGUCGUGCUAAGUUGUGGUCAUGAUGGUGUCAUGGUGUUUUGGGAUCUUCUUGUUGGAGAAAAAGUGAAGAAGUUCACAAAUGCUGUUGAGCACCGAGGACACUCUGCCCUUUUCGACCUCGAUAUAUCCCGCGAUGGAUGCACUGUUGCUGCCGUCGAUUCCCUGGGACAUCUCACUAUUUAUAGUGUUGCCUCUAAAUCAACACGACCCGUUCCUAAACAGCAGUUCUUCAACACCGAUUACUCACCGCUGCUGAUGGAUGAUACUGGCUGGGUAAUAGAUGAAGCGACAGGUAUCGCUCCACAUCUUCUUCCACCUCCUCUUCUCACUGAUCAAGAUCUUGUUCCACUAGCUGAUGAAUGGCAAGAUACAGUUCCUGGGAGGGAUCUGCUCCGAAAGGUUCUCAACACAACUAGAAGUGCCUCUUUUCCGCUUUGA